AUGCAGCUAAAGCGAUAUGAGGAGCAGAAUCUGAUGGAGAUUGUAAGAGGAAUGAUUCUUCUCCUCCACCGCAGAUUUCCACAGGAAGCAAAUAUGGGUCUAAUUAGUGCCUACUGUAUGUGGAUGAGGUUGUCGGAGGAUCUCUCUGCCGCUCUGGAACAACACGCAAACAGUCCUAACCGCUACUGCAAGACCUCCGAGUACAUGAACCUCUGCUUCAAGGUUAAGUGGUUCUACAACACCCGAAUUGCAGAUGUUCCUGAACUCAAAGAUGUUGUACCGGCCUAUCCGAGUUGGUUCGAGCCAUUCGUGAUGCAGUGGUUAAACGAAAACGACGAAAUCUCCAUGGAUUUCCUACGGAACGCCUAUCAGCGCGACAAAAAAGACGGUUUUCACCGGUCAAGUGGUCAAGCCCUCUUCUCCAACUCCGUUGUAGACGUCUUCACACAAUUAAAUCAGUGCUUCGACAUAAUGAAAAAAUUAGAGUGUCCAGAUCCGGUUGUAAACGACCGUUUUCUCAAUCGCUUUUCGCAAGUACGUGCAGCCAAUGUAAAGUUGGGAAACUUUGCUUCUUGA